UUCUUUAAAAAAAAAAAAACCCAUCCUCAUUGAGUGGGUCCUGGUUUGGGAGUGGGCUGUGGAUGCGGUUAUUAUGCCCACACUUCUCAGACGAGCCGUGCCGAGUUGUCACGCCUCGCUGCUGCAUGGUCCUGCCCGGUGCCGCCGCGGUGUGUUGUAGCCGACUUUGAGUCGCAGCCGCUCGGCGUCUCAGGCUCCGCCGUCCCCGGUGCUCUUUCUCCUGCUCACUGAGCCAAACCUCUUUAUUUUUAACGGCUUCAAAGCUGCUAGUCCUGCUGCUGCCCGUGGGAGACUUAUUAAGCAGACAACAGACCUUUUAAAGUUUUUUCGUGACGUUUCUAAUCACCGGGAGAACGGAGGAGCUGCAGCACCGGGAACCAUGAGCGGACACGGGGACGAGGCCGAGGAGAGCUCCGGCUCCCAGGAGCCCACGGGGGCCGCGGAGCCCCAGAAGAGGAGGCCGGGGAGACCGAGGAAGCCACAAAAAGAGCCCAGUGGAGAGCCUGUCCCCAAGCGACCGAGGGGCCGCCCCAAAGGAAGUAAGAACAAGGGCCCCUCCAAGGCAGCGCAGAAGAAAGCCGAGGCAACCGGGGAGAAAAGACCCAGAGGGCGACCGAGGAAAUGGCCACAGCAAGUCGUCCAGAAAAAGCUUGCUCAGGAAGAAGAGGAAGAAGAAGAAGAUGAUGAAGAGGCUGGAGAUUCCCCACAGGAGGACUAAGCUACCACACCAUGAAAUCUCUACCUCAUUCAGCUGUCAGGUCUUUGAAAGGGAAAAGACUGCCUUUACCACUUGUUUUUGACCUUUUCCACAUGAUUUUACUUGUUUUAAUUUCAGUUAGAGAAUUUCCAUCUUUGCUCAGCCAUCAAACAGGCAGAUAUGUUCAGUUAUAUCUGCCUCUUUAGCUCCCUUGAUACAUAUUGACAUAGAUCUUGAAAAAAGAAACAGAACAGAUAACUGUCUUGACAGAUAAAAUGAAGCAAAACAAUCUGCUUCAUACAUUCUGCUUGUUUAAAAGAUAGAAUCAAGAAAAAGACAGACAUGUCAUCACACUUACACUUCUCAAUGAGAAUACACUAAAACAGACGGAUACAAUGGUAAUAAUAGAGUGAUAGCAUCAUAAGGCCACUGCAUCUCUCAGACUGAUACACACACUCUCUCACACACCCUGUCAUUGUUGACUUAUUCUCCAGAUGUGGAUUGCAGAAAAAAGAGGCUGGUUUCAUCAUACAGACAUUUAGAACAACUUUCUGCUGUUCCAAUAUAUCAGCAUAUAUCAUCCAUACUAGUGUUGGACCACGCGACACAGGGAGACACAAAGCUCUGUGUAGGACCUAUUGGUAUUCAUAAGUAAUUGGGCACAUCAAAUCCCAAACCGCUCACUUGAAAUAUGAGCAGGGUUGAAAACUAGAAGGACACUUUUUAAUCCCCUCCCCUUAUUUAGAAAAGCAAAUAUAAGAACUUCUACCCUGGCCCACACCGUUUUAAAAGGUCCCCUAUUAUACUGUUUUUAAUCAAUAUAUUAUAGUUCUCAGAUAUGUACAAAACAUGUCUCUGAAGUGUUUGGCUCCAAAUACUAAACAGAUCAUUGCAGCUUCCCACAAUCCCCUUCUGUUUCAGCCCUGUUUCAAAAGUGCUGAUUCUCUGUCUGUUACUUUAGAUGAAAAUAAGGAGCCCCUCCCCACGCCCCUCUGAGAGAUAUUUGGUUAAAAAGAACUCAAUGGUGCUCUAGGAGGAGAUUCAGGUGAUAAGGUGGAAGAGGGGGGGGGGGGGGGGGUUACUUUGGUUGGUUAUUGGCUAAUGGUUACACAACCCAAAAAAUCGUUAUGACAUCAUAAAGUGACCAAAAUCUGAUCUGACAGGUUUCUAUAUAAAUGGAUCAGGACAAAAAGAGAGCGAAUCUUUUUUCCUGAAACUUUCAGAGUCUCUUUACACAAAGGGGACACAUGUUGAUGUAUAAAAGACAUGAACAAGUGGAUUUUGCAUAAUAGGUGACCUUUAAGAUUCUAAAAACAUUGGGCCAGUAUAAGCAUAGAAAAAAAACAGGACCUCUUUGGGUAGCCCAUUUUACAGAAUUUUUCUUAAGGUUAUUGUCCAAAUGAGAGUUGAUAGUCCGGCAGUCCUCCAGUAGGGUGUCGGUGUUACUUAAAGACCAGAACUUUUAUUCUACAUGAGUUCUGCUUUGCUCUCCCUGUUGUUGGUGGAAUGCCACGCCUCUUUUACUGCUCUAGAAACCUCUUCACAUCCUCCACUACCAAACAUUGCAUCAGACUACUGUAUACCAUUUGUUCACAUUUACAUUUUCAGGCUUGUGUACAUAGCUUCGUUAAGUUUGCGCAACAUAGCUUUAAAACCUCAAUUUAACCAUUGAUGUCACACUGCAAAAACAUCCACAGACUUGCAAAAACCUUAAACCCUUAAGAACAAAAACCACAAGAACAAAACACACAUUACCUCAAGACACACUUGAUACCUGGAUUUAGUGGCAGCGUGACGUUGGAUGUUACGCAAUGUAACUCCAGGAAGCCUUACGUUCGAGGUAACCUGAUGGUAUGCCAGCGCUUUCUGGUCACUGAAAUGCAAUAUCUUAUCAUGAUUUCAAACUACCUCUGACUCAGCACAACCAGCUAAUGAACACACAAAUAGAUGCCUGGGAAGUUCAGAUAUUUGUGUUGGAACUUUAUACUGUACAUUAAAGCGAGGUCAUCCCGGUUGGUUGUAGUCUUGUCAUGGAGGAACAGGAAGAUGUCUGCAACUAUUAUGUUUGAUUCAGUCAGGUAAAGACUACAACAUCCAUAAAGAAGCAAAAGUCAGAUUUGACAGAGCCAUGUACAUUAAAGGAAAAUUAUUUUGACCCUCUUUCCUUUUGGGUAUGACAGACCAAGGCAGUGCUUUUACAAGUUUACGAGGAUAUGAAGAAUAUUAAAACUCAUCCACACAGGUGACAACUUACCAUAUUCAACCUAAAGUGGUGGCGUUAAGCUUUAAUCCCAUCAUUUGAAGCACAUUUUUAAAGCGAAAACCUGAAAACGCCCCUAGUUUAAUUUUUUUAAUGUCAAUUUUACUGUUAAAAAAACACCAAUCAAGACAAUAAGCAGUCAAAAGCUACACGAAAAAAGUAUCACUUGGCUCUGACUGGCCUGACAUUUUCUUCUUUUGAGAUUUUUGGACAAAGCAUUGAUUCAGUGUCUUUUUAUACUUAAAAAAAACAAAAACAAAAAAGCAGCUAACAUAUUACGUAUUGUUAUUUCUUAUUUACCUUAAUUUUAAUUUGUAUCUUAACAUUGCAAUGAAACAUAUUUAGCAUUAUCUGCAAACUGGGACUUCUUUUUGACAAACUGUUAACUUGAAUUUAUUACGGUUUAUUGAGGAUCGAGUGUUUGUACAACACUGCGUGAUAAAACUACAUGUUUUUUUGGCUUUGAAUAGUUAGUUGUUUUUUCCUGAGUUAUGUACUACCUACAUACUGUAUGUACAGUACCUCAAACAGACCGCUAAAAAUGGACUAUUCAAUAGAAAAAUACCUACCUCCAGUCUCUUUACUUUCUGUAUGAGUUACAUUGAUGUAUGAUAUGAUCUAUAUCAGGACUACAGAAGCUCCUUACUUAAAGUAUCAGAUCAAGCUUCAAAUCUCAGUACAUUUGGAUUCUCACCUUCAAAGUGACUUCAGGUUUUGAAACAGAUAUAUUUGGAUUUUGUAUAUUGUAUUCAUGAAUAUGUUUUCUUGUUUUUAAUUAGUAGAUAUCAAUAUACUUGAUUAGUUGUUGUGAUUUUCUUUUCUUGUGAUAUGGUUUAAACCAGAUGUAUAUGGAAUUGCUUUGUACUUAGUGAUGGAUUAUACAAUUUCCCCCUGUCAUCAUGGCAACCUUUGAAACGUUAAGACGUUUUUUUUAAACUGGGCCUAAGGUAGAGCCUCAGAGGAGCUACAUCGAUCCGUUCAACUUGCCGUCAUCAGCAACACCUGUACGGGAAACGGCGACUGUCAAAUGUUCUGACAGUCCUUUAUUUCUGAAACCCUGAAAGUCUGAAAGGUGUCACAUUAGACCAAGAGCCCAUUCGUCCAACAUCCUAUUAUCCCCCCAAAAUUAAGCUGCCUUCACUAGAUAUGUGACAAAACUGCUUUGCGCACCGCUCCAAAUUGUUGCCGAACACUGGGCUCACAGUUCAAGUUAUUUCAACUUUGACCUUGUUUACCCCUGAUCUUUCAACACGCAACCAAUCAGGUGACAGCUGUACGAAGCACCCAACUCUGCGCAAAGAACAGACCCCGAAUCAUGUGAAGGCAGCUUCACCAGUAGGCCCAUUUUUACGAAAAAUUCUCCCUGCUACAAACUGAAGCAAAUGGAUAAUUAUUAUGCAGAAUAGCAUCAUUUGACCCUCCCAAUAUUUCUCUCCCUCCAAUUGGCUAUUGCUUGUUGCCUUUGUUGGUUGUGUUGCUUGGGUUUAGGCAAAAGGAGUGAUAUUGGCACUUUGAAACAAUGGCCGUCAGUUCUCAGGAUACAGGCUGUUGGACAAACUAGCGUUUGGUCCAUUGGUACAGUUCUCAGGUUUGUUUUGGUUUUCAGAAAAAAUCAGUCGGAACAAUAGCAUGGCACUUAUGGAGCAGUGGUAAACUCACACUUAACAAUCUGCACAGUGUUCUGGACCAUAACGUUGUCUUCAGACUUUCCCAAUCUUUGUGCUCGGAUUAAUUUAGAUUUAACACCCAAAAACAAACAGAGAUUAAUCAUAUCUAAUUUUAGAAAUAUUUUACAAGUAUUUGAUCGAUGUGAAGAGUCUGGAUGGACUACACCGUCAACUCAGUAAAAUAUUGGUAUUGCCUAAAAUGACUUUUUUAUCCAGACACUGUGCAGGAAAUAAUAUGUCUAGUAAUCAAACAAAUCUAAACAGUGAGGAUCACAAGCUGCUGUAUAAACUGUGAUGCAGCUGAUCAGCAUCUUUAUCGCAUGUCUUUGAAACAGACAGCCUUCAUCAUUUAACACCACACCCAUCAGCCAGAAAGACCCCUUUUAGACCUGGUAUUAACAUGUCAUCUAUAUGGAUUACGGGAAAAAAAAUGGAUUCACACAUAAUACCAAGUGUAAAUUGUGGGUCAAAAAUGACACCACUGAGCUCCUCAAGAUCCAAGGUACAAGCUUUUGAAAAGUGUCAUUUUCCUCCAGAGAUCUGACCUUGAGUAGAAACUGAAACACCUGCUGAAGUUGUCUGGAGGUGAUGCUACCUCGCUGUUGGACAGAUUGAUUGUAGAAGCUGUUUACGAGCUUCCACCUCUGGGAGUCUUAAUGAAGUUUCUCUUCAUGACAUCACGUUCUAGUACAAUCGAAUACACAUUACUACCUCCAUAAUGGCCUACUUUUACCUCAUUUUCAAACUUAAAUACUGUUUAAAAUUCAGGUGUCCGUGAGCAUAUGGAGAACAUUUUAAAGUUUUAUAUAUAUAUAGUUUAUUUUUGUGGGGGAUGAAUUUUAUAAGACUGUUUUCUCUGCCUCUCAGUCACCAUUAGGUAAGACUGGACAUGUAACCUUUGAAAAGGAUUGUUCUUACAUUAUGCAAUGUUUUGUAGUUAGCUGUGAGGGAAGAGGAAGAGAUUUCUCAGCUCUUCCUCUUCCUUGCUCCUUCUGUAUAAUUUCAAAAACCUAUACAUUAUCUAACUUUUAUCGCUUCCUCUAUCCACAUAUUAUUACUGUCUUUCUUUUUCUGAGCAAAUUGUGCGUGCUUGCUAAACAAAGUCUUUAUAGAUAUUCACUGCCUUUUAUCCAGCACAAUAAAAAGUAUGGCAUCCAUAA